ACAAAAUUAACUGUUAUCUUUACACUCCUAGGUAUCUUUGGGGCUACAGUUCAGGGCCUCUUCCCAGCAGCUUUGUCAUCAUUGACAACUGAUCUCCAGAAGGCAGGCACUAGGAUGGGAAUGGUUUACACAAUUAUUAGUUUUGCAAACUUAACCGGCCCUCCAUUGGCCGGACUUCUAAUCAAGGCUGGUGGGGGUCAGUAUAUAUAUGCGUUUAUUUUUGGAGGGCUAUGUCUUUCUCUAGGUACAUCAUUCUUAGUCGCCUCUCGUGUUACUAAAGCAGGUUGGGGUUUAGCAAAAGUCUAA